UGCACGUUUGAGCAUCCAGACACAGGUACAAGCAGGAUCCAGGCCCGAAUUUGCCGAAAUUCUCCGAGAAUUGUAAGUGGCGUCACAGUGACCCCACGCUACAGUAUCCCACCGCUGCCACCAAUUAUAACGAGAUUUGUUUGGUUGCGGGAUGAGUGGGCUACGCCGGCUCCGCGUAACGGAGCUUCAUCCGAACCUCCUCUGCAUUCUAUGUGGGGGGUAUUAUGUAGACGCUACCACCAUUGUUGAGUGCCUCCAUUCCUUUUGCAAGACCUGUAUUGUGCGUUACUUAGAGUCUAGCAAAUUCUGUCCAAUAUGUGAUGUUCAAGUGCACAAGACGAAACCGCUUCUUAGUAUUCGACUGGACAAAACACUUCAAGACAUUGUAUAUAAGCUGGUUCCAGGCUUGUAUCAGAAUGAAAUGUGUAAGCGGCGAGAAUUUUACUCGGGCCACCCCGAGACACCCCCCGCAACACCAGAAGAUGGAGGAAGUGAUCUGGGAAGGUGGUACAUACUGCCAGAUGACCCAGUGUCUCUGGCCCUACACCCAGCACCAUCCUCCUUGACCAACAGAUGCUACAACACUCACCUGAUGCCAGCUACGUCACUAAAUACAUGCUUUAAUAUUAACCCUCAAACUGUGAGGGGUGAUGAGCUAACUAACCAGGUUAAUAAAAAUUCAUUUGGCCAUGUUCGUUACCUCCAAUGCCCAGCUGGAGUCAGUGUAGCUCAGUUGAAGAGAUUACUACGAGCAAAGUUUGGUGUCGGACCAUCUCACCCCAUGGCUCUUCUUACAAGCUCAUCAGAUGACCCACUACAUGAUACCUUAACACUCGUUGAUGUGGCUUACAUCACAUCAUGGCAGAGGACUGAGCCGUUACAGCUGUUUUACCGAAUAUACGAACGUGCAAGUAAAAAAAUCAAGUUAGAUCCGGAGAGCUUCAGUUCUGAACCUCUCAGCUCCUCGGAAGAAAUGCCAAAAUUGGAGCCAAGUGUUGGUGGUGAUAUUACCAGUACUAUGUAUGGGUCCUCAGACUCAACAAGCAGCAUGUCAGACUACAGUUGUGCUCCUCUUUUACAGGCUGUUGGAGCUUUAGACUCUGAUUCUCCAGUAAAGAAUGAAUCAUCUGUGGAAAUGCCUGUGAGCGAAUCCAUAAAAAUCGAAGAGAAACCUUGUGAGACACCAAAAUUGAAAGAAACUGGAGAGAAAAAUUUAUCAACUGCAAAUUCAAUUGAAACAUUUGUGAGUACAUUUGUUGAACCUUGUACAAAGGAUUCACAAGCAGUGGUAAAGCAUGAGCCACAUUCAGAAUUGACACAGGGUAAUGUUUGUGAUAGUAUUAUGAAAACAGAGAGUGCUGUAAGUGGAUCUAGUGUAGUGGACACCAUUGUGACAUACUCUGGAGCUUAUACAACGCCAAGUAAUGGUGUGAGUGUUGGGGUCGCAUUCAUGCCCGGAGAGCUUGGCUACAUAAGCCCUGCUGGAGUUCCCUGUGCAAUAAUCUCAAAUGCUGGGUGUGUUCCAGUGACUGGGAAUUGUAUUCCUAAUAAUACAAAUAUUCCUGUUUUGUGUAACACUGAUGUCCAUAGACACACAGAAGGUGAUGGGGAUGUAGGUGUUGUAAAUAAAUGGAAUUCAACAGGACCUGUGGAAAAAGCCCAUGUUAAAAGGGAAAAUUCUCAAGUGCCUGCAGAUGUCAGUUCCAGGAGAGAGGGGGUCAGAGUAAGCGAGGAAGAUGAGGGUAAAGAAGUGCAGCUCAAAAUAAGUGAGUCAGGAGUGAUGAGUGUGUGCGGGCGGGACACGACUGUUGAGGGGGUGCUCAAUUCCAUAGAGUCAGAAGCUUGUGAACUUUUGUCAAAAAUAGAAAGUGGUUCUCUAUGUGAAGAAUUUCUGCCUAAACCUAUAGAAAAGCAUGCAGAGAAAAAUGCUUUUGAAGCAGGUAAUUGUGCAAAAAAAUCGAGGACAAAAGAUAGAUCAGGUGAAGUGGUACGAAGCAAGGGAGACACGAAGUCAAAUAAAGAUCAGCAUUGUCAAAAAGGGGAAAAGCUAAAAUCCUCAAAUAUGAGUAAUAUUUCCAUACUGAACCAAAAAUCAGAAAGUGCUAAUGUGAGAGAAAUGAAAGGAGUAACACCUAAAGUAAAUUCUAAUGACGAGCGUCAUCUGGACAAUACGUGCAGUGACAAAACUAUGGCUGAUAGUAAAGAGAAAACUAUGGACAAAAAUUCUGAUAUGAAAAAGUGGGGUGACUUACAGAAUAGUAAGGAGCUGAAGGAUGAUAACACUAAAGACUCUCGGUUAAGUCACAUCCCAGCCAGUCUUACUGCAGCAAGUAUGGCUAACCUAAAUAAGCCACAUCUUAAAGCUGGUACAUCUAAAAUUUCUCAAGGGGAAGAAAAUAAAAAUAAAGAGCAAAAGCCUAAUAAUGGGUUAAAUUCAAAGAAGGAAGGUAAACAAGAAUUGACAGCAAAAUCUUUAUCUGGUAGUGGAUGCAGAAAGUCUUCACAGUCUUAUGGUUACAAAACUUUGAAAACUCCUCCCAAAAGUUGGAACCCUACAAUAUCCCGAGAACAGUUAGCUUUGGUAGCAGGUAAAUCAUCACUUAGCAAGGGUAACACAGAACCCCCUCGAACAAAUAAGUUUUUCAAAGCGCGCAAUGCUCCUCGAUUUUUGGGAAAUCCAUCUGCAGGGGUUAAGCCUAUGUAUUCUCAUGUGGUUGACAAUAAUGGAUCUCAAAAGCGUGCUAGUGUUUUAAAACUUGACCCAAAAACAUUGGGUCCUAUAUCAGUGCCAGUUAGUAAUGAUUUGAUUUCUCCAACUUCAGUCUCGCGUUCAACUUCCUCUGCGUCUUCCGUACAGUCUACAGCACCAGCGACAACUCAGACUGCAUCGUCUACUUUGCGAUUAAUACCUUCACAGACUGUUGACCAAAGAUGUCCAAGCAAUGUGCAGACGGACCCAGUAGUUGUUGAGCCUCAUGCUGCUGUAUCAAAAGUCAAAGACACACUUAUUGCCACUACCAAAGCUGCUCCCACACUAUCUACAUCAUUAACAAGUGGAGUUAAGGAAAGUACAAAUUCUAGUUCAAAAGUCAUUAGUAAUGCUAACACUUCACAAGACAAAAAUUAUCCACAUAAGAAUACAAAGAGUGCAAGAUCAUCAAGCAACAACAGUAGUACCACCAAUAGAAAUUUAAAAUUACCAAGUGUGCAAACAAGUGGUAGUUCCAAACUUGAAAUAAAGCAAGAUAAUAAAACCAAUGGUGGAACAGUGGGUUUGGUUGGAAACAGCAUGGCAAGCCUUGUAGCCAACAGUCCACUUAUGAAUCAACUAAAAUUGGCUGUCUCAACAGCCAUGAGUACUGGUAUUGCACAAGUUAAGGCUGAAACAGUUAGUUCACUCACUGCUCCUAAUACUAAUCUUCAGCCACAACAGCAUCUUACUCUUGGUUCACCGGCAGUUGGUGUUAGUAUAAUUCCUUCUUGUGGGGUAUCUUUUCCAGGGGCCAUUGGUACUCUUCCUUUGCCUUAUUACACUAAUCCCUCUCUGGCCUAUCCAGCAUAUCCUUAUUUGUACCAAGGAGCAGAGACUAUUGGCCUUAUACCUCCACAUCACUCUGCAUCAUUUAUCCCAACAUUCCCUGCAUGUCUCCCACCUCGAUCACCUCUUAGCCCACGAAACAUCGGAGGGGCAAAGAUGAUGCCAGAAUUGCCUUUGCAAUCAAGCCUCCUUCCUAUGGUGCCUCUGGUAUCUCAGGUUCCUGCUCAGACUAUGUCUCCACGACCAAUGACUCCUCCAUCUCCUAGGACUCCUACAUCAACCCAGUCUCCAAGACCAUAUCCAGCUCAAUCACCAAGGCAGUAUAGCACAAAUCAGUCUUCAAGACCUCUUACACCACAGUCUCCCAAAUCAAUACCUUCAGUACAGUCUACAAGGCCUCAAACCCAGUCUCCAAAACUACAUCCAAAUCUCCAGCCAACAGUCAGUCAGUCUCACCGAUUAAAUAAUACUGGUUUGCUAGUUACACAACCCCAGUGUUUGACAGUAUCUGGCCAACCAGAGAAAUUUCAGUUAAGUACCCAGCAAAUGCCCUCAAUGGCCUCUUCAUUUCUUGACUCGUCAGAUAUCUUAAACUCCAAUUCUGUCUCUUUGCAAAAUUCUUCUUACAAACAAAAUGCUUGUGUACAAACAUCAGUCUCUCACACCUUACUUACACCCAAAAGUGUUUGUAAUUCCCCAAAUUCAUUAAAGCCUCCUGUGCCUCAGUCUCCAAGAUCUAUCAUUAGCAAUCAGCCUGGGGUAUGUCUCAUGCAAGUAGUACCCUCCACCACUUCACAGUCCAGUAUAUCACAUACCCCCCAGUCUCCAAAACCUAACAGACCUCAUACACCACAAUCUCCUAAGUGUUUGAACUCUACCCAGUGUGCAACACUACAGACACAUGUUAAUAAUGUUUCCCAAGCAAAUUCACCUCAAUCUAGACAUCAUGGGAUUUCCUCCCAACAGCCAGAACUAAGAAUAGCAAGUAAUAACAAGACCAAAGCUAAAAAUGUAGAAGCAAACAGCAGAAAGGUGGUAGAUAAUGCAACAUCUGGUCAACUGGGUGGAAUCUCAAAUUCUUUCCCUAGUUCUGUUGUAUCCUCCUCAUUUCCAGUUUCCCAGGUCAGUUCAUCUUUUUCAACAAGUGGGCUGAAUACCCCCAUAAAUAGUGCUUCUGGGAAUAAAGUUUAUAUUCCUCAUGGAACAAACGUAUCGGUUUCCUCAAGCUUCCCUACACUGUACCCAGACAGUAUUGUAAAUUCUCUGCCAUUGCCUCUGGCUAACACUUUAGUUACUCCUGAAGUGUCAGCUGCAGCUAUGUCAUUCUCACUAUGUAAUUCUUCAUCUGCCCUUCCUAUUUCCUUGAGUAAUGUGUCCAGUUCUCUACCAGUUGUAUCUUACAACAACUCUGCUGUCUCUCUACCUACCUGCCCUGUGACACUUCCCCAAGCCUUCUAUCCAGGUAGUACUGCACUCUCCAUAAAUUUGCCACCAAACUCACUGCAGUCUGUCUCACAGCCCUUAACUUCUACACAGACCCUCCAGUCAUCUUACAUCAGUGUAACUGCAGGGAACACACCCAAGAGUAAUGCAUCUGUUGUGUCUGUAUCAACCAACAACAGUGGUGUUGGAUCAGUACCAUGUAGAAGUGCAGCUGUUUUGACAAUGCCCACUGAGAGCACAGCAUAUGCACCCAUUCCCUCUAGCAGUAGCAGUUGUGUUCUACCCAUACCCACAAGUAGUGUUGCUGCUGUAACAGAUCCUAGUUUCACCUCAGUGACUGUAACUAUGCCAAUGACUGUAACAGCACUAGUACCAAAGUCUCCUGCUGUUACCAUUGUUAAAGGUACAUCAUGUAGUACAUCAAGUACAACUGUACCCUUGAUCUGCACAGCUUCUUCACCAUUGGUUGGUAUCCCAUAUGUACCCCUCAGCAGUACAUUAAGUAUGUCUGCACCUGUAAGUAAUACAGUGACUACAUCUGUAUCGCUAAGCAGUAUAACAAGUGCACCCAUACCUUUAAGUGGUAUAGGAAGUAUAUCUGGACUUGAAAGCAGUCCAACAAACACCACUGUGCCACUGAGUAGUACAGUGAGUACAGCCGCACCCCAAACUAGUGCAGUGAGUAGAACUGUCCCUCAAAGUACUACAUUAAGCACAGUGGUGUCCCAGAUUAGUACAGCAAGUACUACUGUAUGCCAAAGUACAUCAAGUACUACUGUGGCCCACAGUAAUACAACAUGUACUUCUGUACCCCAGAUUAGUUCUGCGAGUACUACUAUAUGCCAGAGUAGUACUGCAAGUAUAACUACUCUAUCCCAAACUAGUGCAGCCAACUCUAUCGUUCCCCAAAGCAGCACAGCAGGUAUAGCUGUAUCCCUAAGUAGUACAGCUAAUACAUCUGUACCUGUAAGUAGUACUGUGAGUAUGACUGUACCCCAAAACAGUGCAGCAGGUAUGACUGUAUCCCCGACUUGUACAGUAGUUUUAACUGCACCCAGUAGAAGUACAGGUGUAUCUCUAAGCAGCUCGUCCGGUAACAGUUUACCAGCAUGUAAAAAAGAUGUUAAAACAGUAUCUGCAAACCGUAAAGCUAGUACAACUGUACCCCUAAGCAGUAAUUUAGGUACUACCAUAGCCCUUGGCAGUACAACAAGUACAUCCACACCCGUUGUCAGUACAGCUGGUACAGCAGUCUCCUCCAGUAGUACUGUAGUUACAUCCAUACCUAUCAGCAACACUGCUGGAAUAUCGAUACCCCUCAGUAGUACAGUUGUCGUUGCUCGAUCCCAAAGCAGUGGAUGUUUUGCCCUCUGUGGUGCAGCGGGUGGGAAUUCAGUGUUGAGUGCAAAGGAGAGAGGUGGCUCUGUGCCACAGUCAAGUGCCUGUACCCCCGUCUGUGAUGUGACGCAUGUGAUUGACGCCAAACAGCAGUGUGCUGAACCUAGUGUCAGCAGCAGCAGUGGCCCCAGGCCAUGCCUCAAGAGUUAAUAUUGUUGGAUGCCACAUAUAUAUAAGCUUAUAUGCUAUGGUGUACCUUAGCUGCCAUUUAUUUUGUAAAUUAUAAAUUCACAAAUAUACUUUUAUCACUGUGUUUCAAACACUUAUUAGUCACUUUAAAAGUGUUGUUUGGGACACUUGAGUUUCUGUCUCCCCUGUAUAUCUUUUUUUUUUUCUUACCCAAGACACUUGGUAAUAAGGUUGCAAUGAUAAGAUCAAUAUGUUGAAACAGGAAAGACUCACCAUUUGUAGUAGUUUCAGCAUGUUCGAUUUUCCUUGUUACCUACCUAUAAUUUUGGGAAAAAAUUAAGUUUUCCUCUAUUUCUCUUACAUUUUUCUUUCUCUCUCUCUCUUUUUCUCAUAAUUGUUCUCUAUUUUCUUUUUCUUUCCUCUUCUCUUUUUAUGUUUUUUUUUCUUUUUUAUCAUUUAUCUCUCUUUCUCAUUUUUUUAUUUUAUAAUUUUUCUUUCUUUUCUCUCUCAAUUUUUUCUGUAUUUUUCCCUUUAGGUACUUGUACAUUUCCUGUGCUUUACAGGUGAUGACAUGUUGGGCCAAAGUAUUUGAACCUCCCUCGUCUUUACUUGAGCAAUGUCGAACAAGAAUGUUAUAUGCAACUAUUGAACAGAUUUAUUUUUCACAAGUUUUUUACUAUAGUAACAUUUUAAUAUUAAUUUGUAUGGCAGUGCAGCAGUUUUGUAUUUUAAUCCAUUGUGAUAUCCCUAGUAUUUUGAAGGACAUAAAACACAGCUUAAAAUUAAGGAAUUCUUUAGUAUUGGUCCAGUUCUCUAUAGUAUUGUUGUAAUAAAUAUUUGGUAUGUUGAGCUCAUAAUUAGUUUCAACCUUGAUGUGCAAAAUUUCACAUGAAUUGUGAGACAUAAACAAUGUUUAGCAUUGUUUUUUUAUGAAGAUAAAACAACUUGUAGUGCAAAUGAUGUGUUAUAUUACCAAGUAAGUUCGUGUUUCAUAAGUUAACUACAUAACAAAUGGUAUAUUGGGGAAACAGUGUUUUGUUCAUUUAAUAUCAUGAAUGGUUGCCCUGCAACCUGCUUGUCAGUUAUAUAUAGAAAUACAGUAUUGCAUUUGAUUUUCUUGUCAAUGGUCACCUAUCUAAAUUGAGUGAUGUGACUUCUGCGAGUGUCCUUAUUGGUUUUCUGUGAUGUCCAUAUUUUUUUUUGUGUGUGUGUAAGCACUGAGAAGCUACUUGGGCACCAUCAGUAUCAGUGAUCCAACAUUAGCUUUAACACAGUGUGUCUGUGUUUCUUCACACUUGUGAUUAUUCCUGAGGUUAGUUCAAUUAUAAACUAUUGAAUAGCUUCAUAAUUGUAGUUAUCUAGUACAUUGUAAAACAUUUUGGGCUGGAAGUGGAGGUUUGUGAUACACUUUAUUGACUAAUUGGUGAAGCACACAUUGUGAUUGUUAAUAGAACAUGCUUUUAUUGCAGCUAGGAGUAUAUCCUCUCCUCGCACCAGCCUGCUGAAUUUAGUCAUGAUGUAGUGAAUACAGUCAUGAGCUAAAUUUGUAUUUUUACACGAAUAGAUAAUGAUAUUGUAGGAGUUAAAAAUGAAACACUGAAGUGGUGGCCAUCCUGCUCUUUAUCCAUCAACUAUUAAAGAUGUUGGUUGUAAAUUGUUUAUAUGGUGUGUGUGUGUGUAUAUAUAUAUAUAUGUUUUUUUUUUUUUUUCAACAAGUCGGUCGUCUCCCACCGAGGCAGGGUGACCCAAAAAAGAAAGAAAAUCCCCAAAAAGAAAAUACUUUCAUCAUCAUUCAACACUUUCACCACACUCACACAUUAUCAGUGCUUUUGCAGAGGUGCUCAGAAUACAACAGUUUAGAAGCAUAUACGUAUAAAGAUACACAACAUAUCCCUCCAAACUGCCAAUAUCCCAAACCCCUCCUUUAAAGUGCAAGCAUUGUACUUCCCAUUUCCAGGACUCAAGUCCGACUAUAUG